AUGUCAGCCCUACCCAAGGCCAAUCUCCAUGCCCAGCAAAAGUGGACUCUUCCCCACACGAUCCCGACCCCGUAUAGAACCACUCCUAUAUCGGACCGCCGGAUCACCCGUCACUACACAAGCCAGUUCAUUCUACCAACGACAACUGUAACAACAGCCACAAUCCGCAGUUUCUACAACAAGACCAGCUGCACAAUCAACGGCAGCAAUCACACUGCAACAAUAGCCCCCAAGAUUCCCUGA